AUUAUUUUAUGUAUAUUUUUUGCCUGGUGUCUUUACCUUCUCUUCAACCCUUUGAGAGUUUCCUCGAUUUGGUGAUCUGCUUUUUAGGACAAGGUGGUGUUGAUCUUUGUUCUUGAGCCAAUUGGGGUCACUGAUAAGUGGCGGAUGGCUGGAAACUUCUCAGAGAGAAUUCUAGAGAGACAAAGUGUAGAGUGAGAGAGAGUGAUUGGUUGGGAUUUUUGGGAUGGGGGUUAUGAGAUGAUGAGCAGUGAUUGUUGAGAUAUAUAUAUUAUUUGGGCUAUUGUGGGUUUGGUUGUUUUGGAUUUGAUAUGGGUUGUUUUCCAUGUUUUGGAUCAUCAAACGAGGAAGGAAACGGUGUGAAAGAAGUGGCAAAGAAUGACCCUGUAAAGGAAGGUUCAGCUGCUCAUUCUCACCAUGUGAACAGAGUUAAUUCAGAAAAAUCAAAAUCUCGGAAUGGUUCUGAUUCUAAGAAGGAACCAGCAGUUCAAAAAGAUGGACCACCUCCACAUAUUGCAGCACAAACAUUCACAUUUCGUGAACUUGCUGCUGCCACAAAGAACUUUAGGCAAGAGAGCCAGUUGGGUGAAGGUGGGUUCGGACGUGUGUACAAGGGUCGCUUAGAGAGCACAGGACAAGUAGUUGCUGUGAAACAGCUGGACCGAAAUGGCCUUCAAGGAAAUAGAGAAUUUCUGGUGGAGGUUCUCAUGCUUAGCCUCUUACAUCAUCCAAACCUCGUUAACUUAAUUGGCUAUUGUGCCGAUGGAGACCAGCGCCUCCUUGUUUAUGAGUUUAUGCCAUUGGGAUCGUUGGAGGACCAUUUGCAUGAUCUUCUGGCAGAUAAGGAACCUCUGGACUGGAAUACAAGGAUGAAGAUUGCAGCAGGUGCAGCUAAGGGAUUGGAAUAUUUGCAUGACAAAGCAAACCCUCCUGUCAUAUACAGAGACUUAAAAUCAUCCAACAUCCUUCUUGACGAUGGCUAUCACCCUAAGUUAUCAGAUUUUGGGCUUGCAAAACUGGGCCCCGUUGGUGAUAAAACUCAUGUCUCCACACGGGUGAUGGGGACAUAUGGUUACUGUGCUCCUGAAUAUGCCAUGACUGGCCAACUCACUCUGAAGUCGGAUGUCUAUAGUUUUGGAGUUGUCUUUCUUGAGAUCAUUACAGGACGCAAGGCUAUUGACAACACUCGGGCUCCUGGAGAGCAUAAUCUUGUUGCAUGGGCAAGACCACUUUUCAAGGACCGCAGGAAGUUUCCUAAAAUGGCUGAUCCGCUGUUGCAUGGCCGUUAUCCAAUGCGGGGGCUUUACCAGGCACUUGCUGUUGCGGCCAUGUGUUUGCAAGAACAAGCUGCCACAAGGCCUCUAAUAGCCGAUGUUGUGACUGCUCUGACAUAUUUAGCCUCCCAAACUUAUGACCCAAAUGCAACCAGUGCUCAAAGUAAUAGAGUAGGUCCAUCUACUCCUAGGAGCAAGGAUGAUAGAAGGAACAUGGCAGACGGGCUGGAUAGCCCAGAUGAGCCUCGGCGUGGACAUGGUUCCCCUUCUACCCACAAGAACUCUCCUGAUUUCAGAAAGAAAGACAGGGAACUGAGCACUGGUGCUGAGUUGGGCAGGAAUGAAAGUGGCGGCGGGUCGGGGAGGAAAUGGGGCGUGGAUGAUUUAGAGCGACAGGAAUCUCAGAGAGACAGCCCUCUAAGUACAGGAAGAGCAAGAGACACUCCCAGGAAUCGAGAUCUUGAUAGAGAACGUGCACGUGCAGUUGCUGAGGCAAAAGUGUGGGGUGAGAAUUGGAGAGAGAAAAAACGGGCAAAUGCAAUGGGUAGCUUUGAUGGUACAAAUGGGUGAUUGCAUUGAAUGCCCAGCCCCAGGACAUGUAGAUUUGGUCUUUCUAAGGAAACAGCUGUUGUAUGGUUAGGAGAGUCAUCAUGAGGAAGGAGAGAAUCCUUUAGAUUUCCGGAUUCUCCGUGGGAAUAACGGUUCUUUGUAUCCAACUUCGACUGCUGUUGGUUGUUCUAUAUCAUUCUUGUAAUUCAGUUCAAAACUGAAUGCUCCAAUUAUGUGAUGAAGGAAGGAAACACAGUUAAAGAAGGGAAGGGUUUAAUGGUGUAAUUUUGGUGAUUUUCGGGUAACCCUACUGCGGAAAUGUUGUAUGCCACAUGUUAAUCUAUGUAUUUAAGGCUUGCAAAUGUUCUUGUUACGGAAGAGAAGCUGGGAAGAUGUCUAUGUUGGGAAACUUAAUGGGUUUGGUUUGAUUCUCUCAUUUUUUUUUCUUUUUUUUCUUUUUUUAACCAUUGUUACAUUUAUUUUCAUGUAGUCUUCUUGUGAACUGGUUUCUGAAAAUGUCAAGUUUUUAGCUUAUUUAUACAAAAGAGGUUUCAUCA